UUAUAUAGGCAGAGAGAAAAAGGAAGUAGCGACAAGCUAGCUUGGCUAGCCGCUCCGAAUCCGCACCGUCUUGUCAGGAAAGAGUGGACCGUUUAUUUUAUUUUUUUUUAAUCUCAGACACUGGCCCCGUUUCUUUGUUAAAUAUACGCGCGCAGGACUUUUUUUUUUCUCUCUCGGUUAAUUCCCCCCACCUCCCCCCUCUCCACUCCCCCCACACUCCCUGACGCUAACCCGGAUUCGUGAUCUUUCAAAACGGACUGAGCCGCUGUUAGCCCCGGUGGUCGGAUACGAGUCGGGUCUUCGUCUCAUCGACGGAGAACACGAGCCUUUCUUUUCCUUUCUGAUUCUUUCACCACACGGUUGAAUGCUAUCAAGGAUCACGCCGAGACAAUGAGAACAGCAGCCGGCUCAGGUGCUGUGUGGUGAGCGGGAAGUGGUGGGUGCGGCAUGCUGAGGCCACUCCCCCUGGCCCAGGAUGAGUGUCAGAGAUGGCGCUGCCACCAUGGCAAUGAAUGCAGGCGGUGGAGGACGAGGAGGGGGGGGAGGCAGCGGAGGCGGGUCAGCUGGCCCUAACGAUCACGAUGGCCGCUCAUACCUGCUCCAGAUCUACCCACGGUUGGCGGCCCAGUCCACCACCUGCUGCAGCCUCCAAGUGCAGAAGGACGCAACCGCGGCCUCCGUAAUCGCGGACGCUGCUGCGGCCCUCGGGCUGGACCCCGGCCGCAUGUAUGUGCUUGCAGAGGUGAAGGAAUGUGGCGGCGAGGAGUGGGUGCUGGAGGCUGGAGACCUGCCGGCACAGAGGUUUUUGCUGUGGCCUCGGAAAGCCCAGGAGAAACAUCCCCAAAGCCUCGGCUUUUACUUCCUACUACAGGAGAGGAACCACGAUGGCAGUAUUCGCUAUGUCCACCUCCCACCUGUGACUAAGGCACAGGAAGCCCAACUAGCAGACAGGGGCUUCCUUCCCCCUCCACAGGACGAUUUUGCGGAUCUUUGCAACCUUCCCGUCCUCAAUGAGGACAGUAUAUUAAACAACCUGCGCACGCGCUUUUAUAAGAAAAAGAUCUAUACCUAUGCAGGCAGCAUCCUUAUAGCCAUCAACCCCUUCAAGUUCCUGCCCAUCUACAACCCCAAGUACGUCAAGAUGUACGAGAACCACCAGCUGGGCAAACUGGAGCCUCAUAUUUUUGCUAUUGCAGAUGUGGCUUACUACGCAAUGCUCAGGAAGAGGGUCAACCAGUGCAUCGUCAUUUCUGGGGAAAGUGGCUCGGGUAAGACCCAGAGCACCAACUUCCUGAUCCACUGUCUUACUGCGCUCAGCCAGAAGGGCUACGCCAGUGGAGUGGAAAGGACCAUACUGGGAGCCGGGCCGGUUCUGGAGGCCUUUGGGAACGCAAAGACCGCCCACAACAACAACUCAAGCCGCUUUGGCAAAUUCAUCCAGGUGAAUUACCUGGAGAGUGGAGUAGUCAGAGGCGCUGUGGUGGAGAAGUAUCUCCUGGAGAAGUCUCGUCUGGUCUCCAGAGAGAACAACGAGAGAAACUACCAUGUGUUUUACUACCUGCUGUUGGGAGCUUCAGAAGAGGAGAGGAAGGAGUUCAAGCUACUGCCGCCUGAAGACUACUUCUACCUCAAGCAGCAAAACUUCAAGAUCGAAGAUGAGGAAGACCUGCGACAUGACUUUGAAAGGCUGCAGCAGGCAAUGGAGAUGGUCGGCUUCCUUCCUGCCACCAAGAAACAGAUUUUUUUGGUGCUUUCGGCAAUCUUGUAUCUGGGCAACGUGACGUACCGGCGUAAGUCGACGGGACGGGACGAGGGGUUGGACGUAGGGCCGCCAGAGGUCCUGGCUACGCUGUCUGACCUGCUGAAGGUGAAGGAGGAGCUGCUGGUUGAAGCUCUGACGAAAAGGAAAACGGUGACAGUCAACGACAAACUGAUCCUCCCGUACAGCCACUCUGAGGCUAUCACAGCGAGAGACUCCAUGGCCAAAUCUCUGUACAGCGCCUUGUUUGACUGGAUCGUCCUUCGCAUCAAUCACUCACUGCUUAACAAGAAAGACAUGGAGGAGUCUGUCCCAUGUUUGUCCAUCGGUGUCCUGGACAUUUUCGGGUUUGAGGACUUUGAGACCAACAGCUUUGAGCAGUUCUGUAUCAACUAUGCAAACGAGCAACUGCAGUAUUACUUCAACAAUCACAUCUUCAACCUGGAGCAGGAGGAGUACCAGGCGGAGGGUAUCACCUGGCAUAACAUUGACUAUACAGACAAUGUGGGCUGUAUCCAUCUGAUCAGCAAGAAGCCCACCGGCCUGCUUUACCUGCUGGAUGAGGAGAGCAACUUUCCCCAUGCCACAGAUGAGACAUUAUUGGCCAAAUUCAAGCAACAGCACCUGGGGAACAAUUACUUUGUGUCCACACCGGUCAUGGAGCCUGCUUUUGUCAUCCAACACUUUGCUGGAAAAGUCAAAUAUCAAAUCAAGGAUUUCCGGGAGAAGAACACCGACCACAUGCGUCCAGACAUUGUGGCGUUGCUGCGGAGCAGCGACCGCGCUUAUGUGCGGCAACUCAUCGGCACGGACCCGGUGGCCAUGUUUCGAUGGGGCAUCCUGCGCGCCACCAUCAGAGGCAUUGCUGCUUUUAAUGAAGCCGGCCGCUCCUGGGCCGCCAAAACUUCAGGUGUUGUCCGUCCAAUCUCCAGAACUCCUUUAGGAGAGCUUCAGCGAUCCAAUGCCCCGAUAGACAGAAUGUACAAACGAGCUUCUAUGCUUGAUUUCUACUUUGAUCACUCAGAGGAGCGCCCUCUAGAGGCCUUUGAAGACAUCUUUGCUAGCUAUGAGAGUAAGAAAGUCAUGCAUGCAGAGAUAAUCAGCUCCAUUAAGAACUUGCCGUUGGAUGGUGAGGACCCUCGCAAGCUCCUGCAGUCCUGGGGUCGCCUCCGCUUCCCUCGACACAUCCUCCAGAAACACAAGCACACCAAACAGAGGCAGGUCAUCCCCAAGAGUUUGCUGGAUUCUCAGUCUCUGAAGUUCAUUGUCAGCCUGACGCUGCAUGAUCGCACCACCAAGUCUCUGCUCCACGUACACAAGAAAAAGAAGAAGCCCCCCAGCAUCAGUGCCCAGUUCCAGACCUCUCUGACCAAACUCUUAGAGACGCUGAACAGAGCAGAGCCGUUCUUCAUCCGUUGCAUCCGCUCCAAUGCUGAGAAGAAGGAGAUGUAUCUGGACGAGGCCUUGGUGUUUCAGCAGCUGCGAUACACAGGAAUGCUGGAAACAGUUCGCAUUAGGAGGUCCGGCUAUGGAGCCAAGUACACAUUCCAGGAGUUCAUAGAGCAUUUUAGAGUUUUGCUGCCAAUGAAUGCAGAUGCCUCUAAAGAAGACAUCGCAGCGCUCCUUGAGAAGAAGAUGGGCCUGGACCCCACCACGUACCAGAUAGGCAAAACUAAGGUGUUCCUAAAGGAGCUGGAGCGACAGCAGCUGCAGGACAUGCUCCACAAGGAUGUGAAGCACAAGAUCAUCUUCCUUCAGCGAUGGUUCAGAGGUCGCCUGCAGAGGAAAGAGUUUCUGGUCAUGAGACAAGCUGCCAUCUUGAUUCAGCGUUCAUGGCGCAGGUACUGCAUAGAGGAGCGCAGGCGACGGGCAGCCGCUGUGAUCCAGGCUGUGUGGAGGGGGCACAGGCAAAGAUCAGAGUACCACCGCCAAAGACAAGGCGCCACCAAAAUACAAGCCCUGGUCAGAGGACAUUCGGCACGCAGAAGGUGCCACUCCAUCCGUGAGGAAAAACAGCGAGAGGAGGAGGAAAAAGCGGCCCGGCAGAGGGCAGAGGAAGAGGAAAGAAGGAAGAGGCAAGAACAGGAGGAGGAGGCGGCAAGAAGAGCAGAGGAAGAAAGGAGAAUGGAGGAAGAAACAUCAAGGAGAAAGGAGGAGGAGGCAAGGAGAAGAGCAGAGGAAGAAGAGGCCACCAGGAAGGUGCUGGAAGCACAGAAAAAGAGAGAGGAGGCGGAGAAAAGACUGACAAGUGAGGCUCAAACAAGAGAAGAUACAGACUUCGAGCUGGCCACAGUCCAGAAGGCAGAGGAGAACAGAGAGGUUAAUACAAGCUCAUACACAGAGGUGGAGCAGGGCAAGGGUGAAGAGCUGGAGGAUGAAGACGAGGAGUUUGAUUAUGAGACUAACGGUACCCUGGCUGAGGCUGGAACUCAGCUGGAUGAGAAAGAAGAUGAUGAGGAUUUGGGACGGCCAGACUCCAGACAACCCUUUGGUAGGGUCACCUCCAACGCACCAACACCCACAUGUCCAGACGAUGCCUCCGCUGCUUCCAAUGAAAAGAGAGCACGAGCUCCAGCUUUUAGCAGUGGCCAGUCAUCCAGGAGCCAGGAGAAGAGAGAGCUCAGGAGGCGAAGAGGGCUGGAGCACAACCAGAGGGAGACCGAACGAGCCGCCUCCUCCUCCUCCUCCACCCCACCCAGCAACAAGGAUCAAACGUCCCCGCUGAAGAGCGAAAGCCAGGACUCCUCGAGGCUAAAAGAGCGAGCGGACAGCAAGGAGCUGGACCAGUACACCUUUGUGGUUCGCAAAGUAAAAGAGGACAAAGGGGGGAAGAAGGAGGCCAAACAGUCUCCUCCUUCUUCCAGUCCUGUUCGCCCCUCUUCGUUACCGCUGCACUCCGCUGACGCCGUGUCAGCCGAGAGAAACGGCCUAGGUGAGGGCGUCGGAGCAGCCAACCUGCAACGCCGCCAUGGGGCGUUUAAGGAGAAGCCGGAGAAGUGGAAGGGGAGGAGGAGUAACGGAGAAUACCCAGACAGCACUUCUUCAACUCAGAACAAGGAGGAAAGGGGCAAAAAUAAGUCGCUGAGUGAUACGGCCUUAAUCGACAGUUUGUCUUCAGGAUUUGAAGUUGCCGGUGCUUUUUCAGCCAAAGAGAUGAUCUCCCCCUCAGAUGUGGAUGGCUCGAAGGGAAGCUCCAUCAGAAGGAAACACCAGGAUGGUUCUGGUCACCAAGACUCAGCACACUUCAUCCCGUCCACACCAGACAAGUCAGGUGGUUUCUUCAGCAAGAUUUUGAAAAAACGUCCGCACAAGGAGGCCCUGACACCCGACAACGCAGAGCUGACAUUUGCUCAGACUCUCGGUGAGCGGCCAUCCGGAGGGGAAGCCCCGACGUCUGCACAUCUGUCCCGGCCUCUUUCUCAGCGACAUGGUGAUACUAGUAAAGGUUUAGGCCGCAACCCCACCAUAAAGAUCAGCCGUGCCACACGGGUCUCCGAGCAGUGGAACGCCUCGCUGGAUCGGGAAAUUACCAACGCCAAUGAGCUGCGGCACCUCGAUGAGUUUCUAGGCAACCAGGUCAAUGAUUUCCGCUCCAGGGGGAAGUCUCUUUCAGCCACAGAGGCCAUCUUUGUCACAGCCACCAUGCAGUUCAGGGAGACUAUCAAAGCUAUGUAUUCCCUCCCAAAACCCACCAUUGGCUACAAAGGUCUGAUGACGGGCUACCAGCAGAAAGUGAUGCAUCUCGCGGACGAUAAGCAGAAGGCAGAAGUCCAACUUGUGGUCAAUCUAUUCCAAUCGGUUCUGGAUGGCUUCAUCAGAGGAGAGAUGAAGAAGGAGGAGGCUGAGCCAGCAAAGCCUGCUAAAGCGAGGAAGAAGAGGAGGAAAAAAGAUAAAAGUAUGGAGAGCCCACUGGAUCAUGUUUUCGUCAACUAUCAGGUCAACAUUGUGCAGUCAUGUGACCAGUGUAGUUAUUACAUAUGGGGCAUGGAAAAGGCCUACAUGUGCAGCGAUUGUAAAAUGGUGUGUCACAAGAAAUGCCUCGGCAAAAUAAUCACUGACUGCUCCACCUUCUGUGCCAAAAAGGGUGACGAGGACUCUGGAGGUCUGCACUUCGGUGUGCGCGUGGGUAGCCUGGUCAACGAUAAGAACCCUGUGCCCAUGGUGCUGGAGAUGAUGCUGGAGCAUGUGGAGAUGCAGGGCCUCUACACCGAGGGCAUCUACCGCAAGUCCGGCUCUGCCAAUCGCAUGAAAGAGCUGCACCAGCGGCUGGAGACCGAUCCCCACCGGGUCUGCCUCGAAGAUUAUCCCAUCCACACGGUGACGGGCCUGGUGAAGCAGUGGUUGAGGGAGCUGCCUGAUCCACUCAUGACCUUCACCCAUUACAGCGAUUUCCUGCAUGCAGUGGAACUGCCAGAGAAGCAGGAACAGCUUCAUGCUGUAUACAAAGAGCUGGAUGAACUCCCGAUGGCAAACUUCAACACGUUGGAGAGACUCGUCUUCCAUCUCGUCAGGGUGUGUAAAGAGGAGGGUCACAACCGCAUGUCUCCGAACUCAUUGGCCAUAGUUUUUGCCCCGUGUAUCUUGCGCUGCCCAGACAAUGCCGACCCGCUCCUUAGCAUGAAGGAUGUUGCCAAGACCACCACGUGCGUAGAGAUGAUCAUCAACGAGCAGAUCAGAAAGUACAACGAGAAGAUGGUGGAGAUCGAGCAGCUGGAGUACGCCGAGGCUCUGGCAGUUAACCAGCUGAAGCUCAAGAGACAGAACACGCACUACUGGCAUUUACCUCUCAGGUUCUCAGCUCCUCACAAAGGAGCGGUGGUGCAUGAGAAGGGGAGUUCCGAUCUCAGCGUGGUCCCUGAGAACGAGCCUCUGGACUCGGACACCGAGGCCGAGAACCUGAUGGAGCGCAUCAAGUCCAUCAAACAGGAGAAAGAAGAUCUGGCCUACAGACUGCCAGAGAUGGAGCAGCCUGGUUCCGACCAGGAGAACUUUGACUCUGAGGCCUCGCUGAGCGCCGAAAGCCUUCUGGACGAGCAGCAGCGCGCUUCGGUUCCCUGCUCGGAGACUGAUGGACGAGGUGGCCUCUCGCUGAGGAGACACAGGCCAGUUUGUCCAUCCAAACCACCAGAGCUGGCCCAGCGCCCUCACGUCCCCGGUGGACCCGACUCUCGGCCGAAGCUCACCUCUGCUAGCUCCACGUCCUCCGUGUCCAGCUGCGUUUCUUCGCCCUCCGACUCCCCGGCCGCCUCCAUCCGGCAUCUGCUGCAACGCCGCAACCCCAUCAUCCCUGCCACAGUUAAGCUCCCGCAUGGCGUCCCCUCCCAGUCCGCAGCCUACAAAGCAGCACCCGAGUAUCGCGCCUCGAAGUUCUUUGCCAGGAGGAGAGAGCACCCAGGCCGCCGCAAAGACAGCACUAAGUCCCUGUACAUCGACAGCUCUGAGUCUGACCUGAGUUUCUCUUCCUGCCCUCCCUCGAUUUCCCCUUCCCCCAUGGUGACCCCACCUCCCCGGCACCAGCACCACCACACUCAAGCCACUCGGGGCCAGAGACGUUUUUCUGACCCGGACAUCCCUUUUAUAGAUGACGACGACGUCUGAGCAGGGCACAACAGAGAGGACAGGCAGUCUUCGUCUGGCCACGGAUGACAGCGAUGAAUCGUAAAGAAAGAGCCAGGAGAGGACGAGACUCCAGAAUCGCAGUAAACGUGACUAGAUGUGCAGGAGCCACACAGGACCUGAGCGACACCAAAUCAAGGCUGCUCCAUUCGCUUUGUCAGUGGGAACUAAUUGAGGAAUUGCAAAUGUGUCCGCUAUGAUAGUAAAAUACCUGGACAAGAUUUGCCAAGCACCUUUUCUAUCAUUUUAAUAUAUUGUGGUUAAUGUUGAGUUGGGACAGGCUGUGUUCUCUGAAGCAUCAUAUUGAUGGACCAGCAUUUACUUUUCUUUUCUUUCUUUUUUUAUACACACUUGUGCUAAUACGAGGAGAUCGUGCAGCCGCACUUUUCCGGUCUUAGUUCUCUGAAUUGGCGAAACAUUCAUACUGAUAUGUUAGCUAGUGCCUUUGAAUUGUACAGUAAGUAAGAAACUCUUGUCAUGUUAUGGAUAGUGCCCACAACGUGCACAUUGGGACCGUUGUAUCGGUGUCUCGUCAGAACGGUUGCAAUGGUCAAUUUUAUCUUCCCACCUACAGGACAACAAACCCCCGAUAGGAAUUCAUUGCCUAGCAGAGCAAAGGGAAAUGGAAGCAGCACACGCCACUUUUAUCCUUUUUUGAAAGAACAAAAACACAAACCCAGCCAUGACGCGACAAGCCGUGCCACAAUGUCUUUAAAGUCUUUGAACUCCCCUUUCCCCGUUUUCUAAAAUGAACCGAAUCGCACCUGCAAUUCAUAAUAAACAUGACCUACGUAAGGAACAGGUUCUGCGACAGCACAACUUUGGCCCACUUAGUUUGAAAUGUGAUACUAAUGUUCCUCUAUGACUGCUGUUGAGUGAUGUCUGUUAGUAUGUCUGGAUUAUGAGGAAUAACGUGUAAUGUGUAACAGUGUGUGUGGUUGGGACUGAAUGACGUGAACUGCAAUGGUUGUUAGUAUUAACAUGACAAUACAGAACGUGAUGCUUGUUA